CUGCAGAGACCGAGUUGAGCUGUGAUCCGUGAGGACAGGUCUCCAGCAGCAGGGUGAGGUCUUUUUUAAAACCCUUCCAGUUGAGUCAAGAUGUCGGUCUUCAAGAAGUUCUUCAAAGAUAUCAUCGGUAAAAGAGACCCUGACAAUGACACCGUCACAGUGAAGGGUAAACCCAAGCCUAUGUAUUAUGGGACCGUCACCCCCUAUCCGAACUUCAACGCCAGCAGCGACGCCUCAGUUCUCAACAGCGCCAUUAAGAGUAAAGGAGUGGACGAGGACGUGAUCAUCGCCGUCCUGGUGAGAAGAAGCAACGAGCAGAGGCAGAAGAUCAAGGCCGUGUAUGAAGCGUCCACUGGGAAAAAGCUGGAGAAAGAUCUGAAGUCGGCUCUCCGCUCACAUCUGGAGGACGUCUCUCUGGCUCUAAUCAUGACGCCGGCUCAGUUCGACGCCCACCUGAUCAGGAAGGCCACAAAGGGCUUAGGGACAAACGAGGACGUCCUGGUCGAGGUUCUGGCGACGAGGUCGAACGAGGAGAUUCGAGAACUCAAGAGGGUUUAUAAACAAGAGUACGGUCAGGAGCUGGAGGCGGUCAUCCAGAAGGAGACCAGUGGCGACUUCACCAAGGCUCUUCUGGCCAUGUUGAAGGCAAACAAAGACGAGAGCAAUGAAAUCAACAGGAAGCAGGCUCAAGAGGACGCAAAGACUCUGUUUGAGGCCGGUGAAAACACCAAAGGAACCAACGUGACCACCUUCAUCGACAUCCUGACCUCGAGGAGCGGGCCGCAGCUCUCCAAGACGUUCGAGGAGUACGCCUCCGUCAGCGACCUCACGCUCCCCAAGGCCUUGUUCUUGGAGCUGAAAGGAGACAUCGAGGACUGUCUCGUGGACAUCGUGAAAAUAGCCUGGAACAAACCUGCGUUCUUCGCUGAGAGGCUCCACAAGGCCAUGGACGGCCACGGCACAUGUGAGGACACGCUGAUCCGGGUGCUGGUCAGUCGCUCCGAGAUCGACCUGAAGAAGAUCGUGGAGGAAUACAAGGCCAUGUUCAACGUCAGCAUUCAGGAGCAUAUACUGAAGGACACAAGUGGACAUUAUCAGAAGGUUCUGCUGGGACUGUGUGGAGCUCACUGACCUGGAUCUGCUCUGGAGAUCAACCGUGUCCUCAGGAGGCGACAGAAAUGUCCUAAGAUGAAUAAAUAACAUUGAUAAAUUUGUCUUUUUGAGCUGAUCAUAAUAAACAUAUAUAAAUAUAA